CACUAUUAUCACUGAAUUCUUAAUUCUUAUUCUGCAGAGCGAAGGAACCUUCCAGAACAUAUUUCGAUGUCGUCUUCCGAGCCCCAAGACGCCGCAACCACAUCGGAGGUAAGUAAAAAGGCCGCAAAGAAGGAAGCCGCCAAGCUAGAAAAGCUCCGACGUCGUCAGGAAUUGGCCGCCGCCACUGCCGCCGCAUCGAAUCUAUCUGUCGAGGAUGAUCCUUUCGCCGCUAAUUAUGGUGACGUCCCGCUUGUGGAGCUACAAUCCAAGACCCCGGUCGAUGUCAACGAAUGGACCCGGGUCGAAGCACUCGACGAUUCGCUGGCGAACCGGCCGGUUCUAAUCCGAGGGAGGACUCAGACUAUUCGACCGGUUGGGAAGAAGAUGGCGUUUUUGGUCAUCAGAGAAAAUGGUUUCACUGUACAGUGCUUGGUGCAAGCGCAGCCUGAUUCAGUGAGCCCGCAGAUGGUGAAAUUCGCCGCUGCGCUCAGCCGUGAGUCUGUCGUGGACGUCGAAGGCGUUGUUUCUAUUCCGGCUGCUCCUAUUAAAGGCGCCACGCAGCAGGUGGAAAUUCAAGUGAAGAAAUUGUUUUGUGUGAGUAGGGCUGUUCCUACUUUACCCAUUAAUCUUGAGGAUGCUGCUAGAAGUGACGUUGAAAUUGAGAAGGCCAUUCAGGCUGGUGAACAACUUGUUCGUGUGAAUCAGGAUACAAGAUUGAACUUUAGAGUACUUGACCUGCGAACACCAGCUAAUCAAGGAAUUUUCCGUAUUCAGUCUCAAGUUGGAAAUGUGUUCAGACAAUUUUUAUUGGCCGAAAAUUUUGUUGAAAUUCACACUCCAAAGUUGAUUGCUGGAUCUAGUGAGGGUGGAGCUGCUGUUUUUAGACUGGACUAUAAAGGGCAUCCUGCAUGCUUGGCCCAGUCACCUCAACUUCACAAGCAAAUGUCAAUAUGUGGUGACUUUGGCCGUGUUUUUGAGAUUGGUCCUGUGUUUAGAGCAGAAGAUUCCUUUACUCACAGGCAUCUGUGUGAGUUUACAGGUCUUGAUGUUGAAAUGGAAAUUAAAAAGCAUUAUUUUGAGGUUAUGGAUGUAGUUGAUAGAUUGUUUGUUGCUAUGUUUGAUAGUUUGAACCAGAAUUGUAAGAAGGAUCUCGAAGCUGUGGCGAACCAGUACCCAUUCGAACCUUUAAAGUACCUGCGAAAUACUCUGCGGCUGACAUAUGAAGAAGGUAUCCAGAUGCUAAAGGAAGUUGGAGUAGAAAUUGAACCUUUUGGUGACCUGAAUACUGAAGCAGAAAGGAAACUAGGCCAACUAGUUUUAGAAAAGUAUGGCACCGAGUUCUACAUCCUUCACCGGUACCCUUUGGCUAUAAGACCAUUUUAUACAAUGCCUUGCUAUGACAAUCCAGAAUACAGUAACUCCUUUGAUGUAUUUAUUCGCGGUGAGGAGAUUAUAUCAGGAGCUCAGCGUGUCCACAUACCAGAAUUUUUAGAACAACGUGCACAGGCUUGCGGCAUUGAGGUCAAGACCAUAUCUACUUACAUUGAUUCUUUCAGAUAUGGUGCACCACCGCAUGGUGGCUUUGGAGUAGGCCUGGAGCGUGUAGUAAUGCUCUUCUGCGGCCUGAAUAACAUUCGUAAAACAUCACUUUAUCCACGUGAUCCACAAAGGAUUGCACCAUAAUAAUAUUAUAUCCAAACAGCGGCCGGUAUAUCAGUAUUUUUGAGUUUUUUUUGCUAGAUUUCUUCCAGAGAUUCCCGAGGGUAUUAUUUCCAUUGUCAAUCUUGGAAUUUUUUUUUUUUAUGGUGUUUGACUUGAUGUAGUAUUUGCUAUUGAGUAUUGAACUGCGUUCUUUUGUUUACCUGAUCCACUUUCAAAUGGUCCAUCUUUCCUGUAAUCAGUAUCCUGGUGAUUCAAUGAUAAAUCUGGUCCUUUUUAUAUCUGGAA